AUGGGGUUAAUUUUACCCUUGAUGGUGUACCAUGCUUCUACUAGCUAUUGGUUUGUCAGGUUCAGUGAAGGGUCUUUAGGGUUUUUAGAGAGGGUUUAUGGUUUGAUUUCGAGAUCGAAGAUGAAGGCUUUAGGGUUUUCAAAAGCGAUCAAUGGGGUAACGGAUGAUUUAAGGUUUGAUGAAGAAACGAAGAUGAAUGAUCAAAUUAAAAAUCCAAGAGGCGAUAAAUGGGAUGCUGAUGAAGAUAUCACUUUAAUGUCAGCAUAUUGCAUCGUUAGUGAAUAUAAGCGUCAUGGAAAAAACCAAAAGAAAACAUCAAUAUGGGCACAAGUUGGUGUUAAUCGAGAAGCAUAUAGAAAAAGAAGAAUUGGAAUGAGUAUGAAAGAUGUUGAGAAUGAAGCUCAUAAGUUAUAUGAGACAAGUGGAAGCAAGUUCAAUGACACGAUUCUUUUUAAUGAGGUUAUGUGUAAGCAUCGAAAAUGGGAUCUACAACUAGAUCAUGAUGCAACACGAUCACAUCCUAAAUAUGAAGUGGAUGAUGAAGAAAGUGGUGGUAGCACAAAAAGAUCAAGGUCUACUAAAGAAGGAGACUAUUGUGUCCAAUCCAACACAGAAGGGGCAAGUAUUGGUGGUUCAACAAUUAAACGUCCAACAGGUAGAGAUGCAGCUAAAAGAAAAGAAAAAGGUAAGUCUUUAAUUGAAGUUGUUGCAGAAAUUUGUGUGAUGAGGCUUAGUAGAGAUAGUGAAGUAGAAGUAAUGAAAAAAAAAAGACUCGGCUUGGAUCAACAAAGGGAGCAAAAAACGGAUGAAAGGGAGCUAAUAAAGAUGCAGAGUUUGCAUUUGAACACACUCCUACAAAAGGAGCAAUUGUCGCCUGAAGAAGAAAACAUGAAACGUUUUCUAAUGUGUAUGUUUUAUGGAAACUAA